GUUUGAUUCGAUUCACAGUCCCAACACACUCGAAACGUUGUUCCAAUGACGACUCCAAGGUCUCCUGCAUUCACAUAUGAUGUGUUCCUCAGCUUUAGAGGGGAAGACACGCGUCAUGGUUUCACUGGCAAUCUCUACAAAGCUCUGUGUGACGGGGGAAUUCACACUUUCAUAGAUGAUGAGGAUCUUCAGAGUGGAGAGGAAAUCACACCAGCACUUGCGAAGGCAAUUGAAGAGUCUAGGAUUGCCAUCGUUGUGCUCUCUCACAACUAUGCUUCUUCCUCCUUCUGCUUGGAUGAACUUGCAACCAUCCUUCACUGCCACACCCAAGGAUUGUUGGUUUUACCGCUCUUCUAUAAGGUUCACCCUUCUGAUUGAUGGAUACGAAUACAAGUUUAUGGGGAGUGUUGUGGAUUGGGUCUGCCACAAGAUUAAUCCUGGUCAUUUACAUGUUGCGGAUUAUCCAGUUGGACUAGGGUGGCCAGUGGUUGAACUAAGGAAGCUUCUAAAUGUUGAAUCUGAUGAUGGAUUCCACAUGAUAGGGAUCCAUGGAAUGGGAGGGGUAGGGAAAACAACACUCGCUUUAGCAAUUUAUAAUAUGAUUGCUAUCUGUUUUGAGGGUUCUUGUUUUCUUCAAAACGUGAGAGAGAAAUCAAACAAACAUGG